AUGUACAAAUAUCCAAUUAAAGUUACCAAGAAUUCUGCAAAUAUUAUAGUUUCAGGUCUAAAUUUUGUUUUUUUUGGCACAAAUAUUGAUGGUGGUGGUGUGAAAGGUGUUAAUAUUGGCAUUGAACAUUGUGGUGAAAGAUUUGAUGGUGGUGACAUUGAAGAUGUUGAAAAGAUUGAUAAUAAUGAUGAUAAUUUUGAAAUUAUUACUAAUAUUGGAGAUGUAAAUAUGGAAGAACUACUUUUUAUGGAUGAUUAG